AUGGAUCAACAAAUCCAGCAGGCGGUGGAGAUUGCCUUGAGUGGCACAGCAGACCCGGCGUUAAAGAACCAGGCAUUUCAAUUUAUUAAUGAGAUCAAGUCCACAGAGCAAGGCUACAAGACAUGCGUCGAUUUACUUUUAGACUCGGCGGCAAAGGGCACGAAGUUGAACGAAGGCCUCAAGUUUUUCAUUUUCCAAGUUAUAGACGAAAAUACAGACAAGUUGUCGCAGGAGCAGUUGUUCACCUUGAACACUAAUUUAUUCAAGUAUUUGAAUGAUGUCAUCUCUUCAGAUCAGGAUGAUCAGGUCUAUAUGAAGAAUAAGUUUAGUGACAUUUUUGCAAAACUAUUCUGCUACGUAUACUCGCAGCUUGAUGCGGAUUUUUUGAAGAAGCUUUUGCUGAUGAUCCUGUCGCAUCAUGUUCUUAGCGUCGAUUACUACUUGCGCAUCAUGAUCUCCAUUCAUUCUGAAGUGGGAGACAAACUUAUUUCGAGAUCCAAGGACGCUCAAAAUCGUAAUAAUAUCCUCAAGGACUUGAUUCGUGAGCGUGAUAUGGCUCUGCUCGUUGCAAGCUGGAAGUCAAUCUUGACAAGUGCAAAAGAUCCUGUUUUAUUGGAUAAUGCCCUCAAGAUUGUGGGCUACUACAUCGACUGGAUGGAAAUCAGUCUUUUCAUUCUGGAUGGUUUUUUAAGUGUGAUCUUUAACUACUUGAAGCUGUCCGAGUUACGGAACCAGGCUUGUCUUACUCUCAUUGAAAUUAUCUCCAAGAAGAUGAAGCCCACUAACAAGCUCCAGCUUCUCGAUUUACUUGACUUGACCUCGAUCAUCAGUUCUUUAAAGGAUGACGACUUGGACUUCAUUGAAAACUUGGCCAGACUUGCUAACCAGAUUGGUCUCGAAUUGACCCUUGUAUUGGAGAACGAUAACUCGCUUCUUCCAGAAAUCUCGGUACAACUUCUCAAGUUAUGGCCCAUAAUCUUGGAAUUCUUGGGUCAUGAGUACGACGAUGUCUCCCAACAGGUAUACCCCUUCAUUCAACAGAAUCUCUUGCUUUCAAAGAAGAUUCCUGCAUUGGCUUCUGACGAAUUGCUUUCUACAUUACUUAGAAAGGUCAUCGGCAAGAUGAAAUAUGACGAGGAUGACGAUGGAUUUGAGGACGACGAGCAGUUUUUUGAGGUUCGUCUGAAACUCAAAACUUUCCAAGACACAAUCGCUGUAUUAAGGCCCGCAAUCUACUUAGAGAUCGUUCCUUCCGUAAUUGAGAGCUCACUUUUUGGCACCCCCUCGAGCUGGAUUACUGUCGAUUUGGCACUUUAUGAGUUGAGCAACUUUGCUGAUUCGUUGAAGAACAACCUCAUCAACCUUCCCAAGAAUGAGAUCUCUUCGUCAAAGCCUUAUCAAGUUGUCCAGAACUUCUUGGUAAAAAUUAUCAAUAAUUUUAACUUGAUUAAUCACCCAAAGAACCAAUUGGGAUUUUUUGAAUUAAUCAUCCGUCAUUUCACAACAAAAAAUUUUACCAACACAACUAAUACCAGCAUGGAUGAGUUAAUCACGAAGAUCCUUGAGCUUUUUUCAGACUACGGUUUGUUCAACGGCGUGGAAAGUGUACGUUUAAGAACUUGGUACCUAUUCUUCCGAUUCGUCAACGCCACUAAGCCCAAGAUCAACGAAUUCAUGUUGGAAAAUUUACUCAUGAAGUUCCAGCCAUUGCUUGUUAUUACCGCUGAGUUGCCUACACGCGAUGAUGAUGAUGACUUGAUUGAGAAUGGAAACUUCAAUAACCAGCUUUACUUGUUUGAAGCACUUGGCAUGUUGGUUGCCUUGACUGCCAAGGCUGAGGUGGCUGCGAAAUCUGUCGACAUUUUAUUCCAGCCUCUUUUCAGUACCUUGGAGGCUUGCAUUUCUCGUGAUGAUAAGUCCGUAAAUCCAUUGAUCCCCUUGCAGGCCCACCACUCAUUGAUGGCCAUAUCUACUAUAGUGAAAGGUCUUGACACCCAAGCACCAGGCAAAGCUGAUCCACUCAAGAACAACGCAGCAUUGGUAGGAAAGAUUGGCAAUGCUGCACAGGUUGUCUUAAUCACUUUGGAAAACUUCAAUAAGUCUGAAAGUGUGAGAGAAGCGGCCCGUUUUGCAUUUGCUAGAUUGAUGCCAAUUUUAGACCUUGAUGGUAGCGCACACCUUAGCAAGUUGAUCUCGUUGAUUUUGGCUACACCUAACUUAAAAAUUCAGGAGCUCGCUGACUUCUCUGGAUUUGUGGGUCAGAUAGUACAUCAAUUCAGAAACAAUGACAAUAUAUUUCAGUUGUUGAAUGAUUUGAUGACACCAAUGAUCCUCAAGUUCUACGAGACACUUCAGAUUGAAGAUGAGGACUAUCCUAAUUUGGUCAGAGAAAAGUAUGCGCUCAAGAGAGCACUCCUCUAUUUCAUUAGCAUCAUAGUCUUGAACAAUCAGUUCUCCUUGUUCUUGACUGAAACUAACAAACCAUUGUUCCCACGGUUGUUAGCAUCCAUUGUUGAGUACUCCUGCGACAUCGAGGAAACCACUACCACCAAAGCUGCCAUCACUCAGUUUGGUAAUGUGAUCAGUGUCAUUGGUUGUAAUAAUGGCAAGUUGCUCGAUGAGAAAGACAAGUACGCGUCCACGCUCGCACCUAUCGAAGGCAUUGACGACUAUCUCAUGGAGAACACAGUCAAGUUGUGUUUCGAGUUGCCAUUCCAGCAGGAGCGAUUUGACUUGAAGGAUGCACAGUUCCGCAACAUUGCUGGCGAACUUUCGCUCUUAUUGACAAUCUAUAGAGAGCGUCUGAAGCAGCAGGAGUUCGUGAGCUUUUUGGCAAACUACUUGACCAAUAUGGGAUUGGCGCAACAGAUGGCCAACGACUUUUGUUCCAAGCUAGUCGAGUUGAAUGCGAAGGACUUCAAGAAAUACUACGUGAACUUCUUGAGCGAGUUCAAGAAGUGA